CCCAGCCUGCACACACAGAGUUGCAGCUGCACCAGUGCGGCAGAGUGCGUGGCUCUCCGCGCAUGCAAGAAUAUGUGUACUACUAGGUGUGUGUGCGUGUGUUUUGUACAUAGAUGUGUGUAAAACAUAUUUGUACUGUGCGACGCGCAACAAUAUCGCUGUCAAGCAAUUUUGACGCCGUUUCUGCUCGCGCGUGGACGACGAAUAUUCUUCCCAAAUCAUCGUCAUCAUUCGCGGGUGCAGCUGGGAUCCACUCGAACGUGUCGUAAUUAAGAUCGGCGACGUUUUCGUGAAUUCGUAAUUCGGGUCCGGAUCGAUAUUUAUGCGUCAACCCUCCGGCUCGCUUCCGCAACCCUUCGUCCGCGAUAGACAGGGCUUUCAAAAGUGACGUAGACACGCGGAUGGAGUGAGGGAGAAGCUCGGUCUCGUCGUUUCUCGAAUUGACACUUGACAUUGCGUUGGAGCAGCUUCGAGGAAGAGGAGGAAGACGCUGUUUUGGGUGAUUUUUUUUCUCCCGAAGAGAGUGCACGUGUGCGAGUCCCGAGCAGAGAGGUGCAACUAUCGAUCGCGUCUCCGCUGUCUCGAAAAGCGCGUGUCUCCGUUAGCCGGUUCGGAAAAGGAGAGAGAGAGAAAGAGAGAAAAAAGAGAAACUGACAUUUUGCGCAAAUGUCAAACGCGCUCCCGUAACUUCCGCGCAAUUGGAGCGUGGCCUGCGAUAAAAUCUGGAAGGAAACUGGAUUCCUUUCUUCCCCAAUCGAGAGUGAUGACAGAUAUGUGAGGGCGAUGACUCGGGACACGUGAUUACGAGGAAGCGAUCAAAAGCUGUCGGAAGAUUAAACAUUGACUGAGAGAAAAAAGGAAACGGAGAUAUCGUACUGUCAUGGAUUGGAUAAGGAGGCAGGACAUCAAGGAAGAGUCGCAGAAGAUCCCUAACGUUUUGACACCGGAGGAUGACGACGAGUGUUACUUCGAGGAUGAGACGGUAGACGAGGGAAUGGGUCUCGACAAUGUAAGCUCGGCAACCCUCAGGCCCUUUAACUCGGACAUCAACACGCCGAGGAUCGACAGCUACAGGUUCUCCAUGGCGAAUCUCGAAGAUUCCCAGGAUGUCGAUCUGGACGCGAUCCUCGGUGAAUUGUGUGCCCUGGAACGACGCUGUGACGGUGAUAUUGCCUCCACUCCUGCGCCAGAUGCACAAAGGCCAGGACGACCCAGCAGCGCGAGAAUCAAUCCGGGUGAUAGCACUGACAUCAAAAAUGAAGGAGGUAUUCGCACUGAUAGUCCCGACAAUGACAGCGCGUUCUCAGACACGGUGUCUAUGUUAUCCAGCGAAAGUUCGGCAAGCAGUAGCGGUUCCGGACACAAACCACCUCAGACUGCCAUACACACAGCCCCUCAACAGCAGCCGCAUCAACUUGUUGAUGCAGCGAGCAGAGCGAAGGCGGAGAAGAUCCGUCUGGCGCUGGAAAAGAUGCGCGAGGCGAGCGUGCAGAAGCUCUUCAUCAAAGCGUUCACGCUGGACGGAAGCGGUAAGAGCCUCCUGGUCGACGAAGGGAUGAGCGUCGCACACGUGUGCAGGCUGCUCGCGGACAAGAACCACGUGCCGAUGGAUCCGAAAUGGGCCGUGGUCGAGCAUCUGCCGGAUCUCUUCAUGGAGAGGGUUUACGAGGACCACGAGUUACUGGUGGAGAAUCUUCUGCUGUGGACCAGAGAUUCUAAGAACAAGCUGCUCUUCGUCGAGAGACCGGAUAAGACCCAGCUAUUUCUCACGCCCGAGCGAUUUCUUCUCGGUCCCUCGGAUCGAGGCGGGGGCGAAUACGACGAUCACUCGAGAAACAUUCUAUUGGAGGAGUUCUUCUCGAGCAGCAACGUCGGCGUGCCCGAGGUCGAGGGUCCACUGUACUUGAAGUCGGAUAGCAAAAAGGGCUGGAAAAGGUAUCACUUUAUUCUGCGAGCCUCCGGUCUUUAUUACUGGCCGAAGGAGAAGGCGCGCACCGCUCGGGAUCUCGUUUGUCUCGCGACAUUCGACGUUAAUCAGGUUUAUUACGGCGUCGGUUGGCGAAAGAAAUACAAGGCGCCCACGGAUUUCUGCUUUGCCAUCAAGCACCCGCGACUGCAGCAGCCCAAGUCUACCAAGUACAUCAAGUUUCUCUGCGCGGAGGACAACACCUCCCUGGAGCGAUGGAUGGUCGGUAUUCGCGUUGCCAAGUACGGCAGGCAGCUGAUGGAGAACUAUCGGGCGUUGGUGGACGAGUUGGCUCAGGAGGAUCUGGAUCUGCUGGCUCACGCCAGAUCGUGCUCGGUCAGCUCCAUCGCCACGCCGCCAAAUCAAACUCAGUACAACACGACGAACGACAACGCGAGGCAGUUUGCGGAGAACGUGAGGCAGCACAGCAACGAAACGACAAUCGUCUCCUCGACGAGGCAAUACGACGCUAGCCAGAGGCAGAGCUACAACAAUCCGGAACAACGGCAAAGCUUUGACGGCAGGCUCAGCAGAGCGAGCAGUUCCAGCUCCAGCGGAUGCUUGUCUGACGGGGCACCGAGUAGCUGUGAGGUGGCCUUCGAGUGCGGCGAGUUUCCAACCGGCACGAUAAAACGAAAACCGUCUAUGAAUCCGAAACUGCCCCUUACGUCGAUCACAAGACAGUUGAAGGAGGUCGGCGAGACUGUGCGGGACGAGCCAGACUCUUGUCCGAGUCCGACGAGCUCGGGAUCCGGGACACUAACGAGAAGACACAGUCGCCGACGAAGCGGGACCGAUUCCGACGGAUCCGGAACUCUGAAGAGACAUCAUAGAUCUGGAAACGCGACGCCCGUUAGUCCAGUACCGCCUGGCACACCUGUAAGAGAGAGAACGAGCCCUAUGGGCUACAGCAGGUCGGAGAGUCAGGAAUCCAAGACACCGACGAGUCCCAUGCAAGCGUGUAUGAUGGAUUCGAUCACGUCACUGCCGCCGCCACCAUCGCCGUCGAGAGUCGUCGAGGAAGUCGAGUCCGACAACGAGCCGCUUCCGCCGCCGCCACCCGAGAUGUUCCGAUCGAAUCUCUCCUUGGACUCUCUGCCGCCGCCACCGGCGCCCGGCGAGCUUCCGGUUUGCAACACGCCGGAACUCACGGGCUCCUCUCUGAGCCUGGUCUCGCUGCCGCCGCCGCCCAGUCCGCUGGUGGGCGAAACCGGAACGAUACGUCGCGCCAGACCCAGCAAGCAGUCCACCCCUACGAACUCUAUAACUCCCGAAGGCACCCCUACGCACAAUCCCAGGCCGCAGUCGAAUCAGAUGUACGUGAACGCCAAUAGUGUCGCGCUGAACAGCAACUCGGUCCAGAACAACAGUCAGAACUCGAGCACGGCGAAUAGUACCGCCAACUCCGUAUCCUCCCCUCCGCAUAGUUCCUACCCAGGAUCGACGGCGAGCACGCCGACUUACAACCCGAGUUCGCCGAACUUUGCGUCGCCGCCUCCGUUUGUCCCUCCACCGGCUUACGGCACUCAGCCGCAGCAGCAAGUCAAUUCCCAAAGCCUCGGUAGGCAGAACUCGAAGGUCGAGCCUAUGUACGCGAGUCAUCAGCCCAACCACAACACGAUCCAACCGAUCAGGCCGAAUCCCAACAUGGACACGGUUCGGCGCAGCGCUAUGAAGCAAGGAAGCGGGCAUUACGCGACGCCGCCGUACCUGGCGGAGCUGAAGGCCGCCUCCAGUCCUCAACCUCAGCGCCGGGUGACCAUACAGGAGCCACCGACGUCGCCCAAGUCGAAGACCGGCACCGGCAAGAAGAUCUCGUUUAAUCUACCGCCCCAGCAGGACUCCGGUAGUCCAGCUCUGCCACAGCGAAAGCCGACACCACCCAGGAGGUCCGACAGCACCAGGCUGACGUCGCCGAAGAAGCUUGCGGCGUCCGACCAGGCGCCGCCGGGCGACUUUCUGAAGGAUCUUCAGCGAGUGAUGAGGAAGAAGUGGCAGGUCGCGCAGAAGUGCAAGCUGGACUCGACGACGACGCCGCACGAGGUGCUCGGCUUCCGGGAUCCGCCGCCCGCCGUCGCGGAUUACAGGGAGACCAACGUGUCCAACUGGGUGCAGGAGCACUACGGCGCGGACAAUCUCUACGAGAACGUUUACGCGACGGAUCCACACGCCCCGGUCGAGUAUGCCUCCAGUCCGGCCCGGCAGCCGUCGGUUAGGUUCGCCGACGAGAAUCGCAGCAUGAACAUUGUGAACGCGAUCGCAGGGAAAAGGAGGCCGCCGCCGCCGCCGCCGAAACGGGCCGAGACCACGCAUCUCACCACCAGGGCGAUGCACUGACAAUAGCAGAUAAUCCAGCCCCAUCCCGAGAGGCGAUGGUACUGCUGUCUCUGCGGCUGGUGGAAGGAAUGAGUUUCUCAUCCGUUCUUCCGGGACACGCCGGCGACUCUAGGUCGAGUUCGUUCGCUGCGCCUUGCUGUUUCCGGAGAAUCGUCGACGGGGAAACCGCCAGGGAAAGGUUGUAUAGUUUCGCUGCGUUACUUUGUUGCCGGACUUUAUGCUGAUGUCCACUUUGGGAGGAAUAUUGAGAGAAGUUAAUAUUUGUCAAGUGAAUUCUGGACGUCUCUCUCUCUCUCUUCGCUCGUAAACAGUUCCAUGGGAAGGACUGGAUCGAGGGAAAAUUUAUGCAAGCGUCGCUCGAUCAGAGGAAGAUGUUCGGAUUACAAAUAAUGAGAUUACUGAUGGAAGUCCCGACGGAGGAUUAACGAGGGGAUGAAUUUUCGAUGAACCGUCCUUACCGGAAGGCUCUCUGAUCUAGCCAGCGGAGCUAAACCGGAAGCUACGUGAAUGCUCUGUCGAGCCAAGCAACGAAUUGAACUGAACGAGCCAGCGAUAGUGAAGUCGAUUAGUACACAAGGAAUACUGCCGCACAUACAUACAAAGGAUGUGAUAUAAACCGUAAGCGCGUACAUCCUCGCGUGUGAUCCAAGGAAAAUGGAGGAAAAAGGGAACCAGCAACGCGAACUAGAACGCACAACGCGCGAGUUCUCUUUUGUUAUACGCAUAUUUUAUAACCGCUAACUGCCUCUGCGUCUGCGAUUCUCUCAAGUAUACUUGGAUGUGUGAUAAAUUAAAUAUAAAGUAAAAGAAGUAAUCUAAAUAUUCUAUGAAAGAAGUAAUCUAUAUAAUAUAUGCGGAUGAUCCGUUCGAAUGUUCUCGAGUUUAAUAUUUAUUCAAAUUAGUGAUCAUCUCUGAAUAUACAAUAAUUGUCCGAUUUAUCUAAUUUAAUAAAUAAUUUAUCCAAGUUUCAUAUUUGCUCUUCAAGGAUAUUGCAAAAAUAUUUUACGAUGCGUAUAUGCUUGAAAAAAAAUG